AUGUCAGUUCCCAUUCACCCAGAUUGGGUGCUGCUUGAACAAGGUCUUGGAUCUCGUCCCGUUUUGCUCAGCAGCAUUGAAGAAAUAAGAGAAGCUUCCAACCACAUCGCGGAUAACUUGAAUCCUACUUACCCUGUGCUAAAUCCUAAGCCUAGGAUCGUAGAAGAACGUGCUACCGAUUCGGGACUUCGUGUUCGAGUGUUCACGCCAGAAGUAGCUACUCAGGACCCACUGCCAGUCGGUGUUUACGGAGGUUGGGCUUCUGGAAGCAUCGAAGCGGAAGAGGCAACAUGCAUCCACGUUGCGGUUCAGGUCCCCUCCAUUAUAAUCGCGGUAGCCUACCGUCUUGCUCCUGAAUUCAAAGCCCCAGCUGCGCACAAUGAUGCUGUAGACGCACUCAUUUGGGCAUGGAAGAAUGUUUCUGGUCUGGGUGGAGACCAAACAAGACUAUUUACAAUAGGAGGUUCUGCAGGAGGAAACCUGGCUAUUUCCGUCGUUUUGAAAACCCUCGAUCAAGAGAUAAAUGUUACGGGCAUCGUUGCAAUCGUACCCGUCACCGUGCAUCCAGACGGUGUGCCUUCAAAGCACAGAUCUGCGUACAAAUCCUAA